AUGUCUUCAGCAGUACACGAGCCUGAUCCACACAUCCAUGCCAAACCUAUUCCAGAACAACCAUCUCCAUCACCCAAGCCGAAUCUUCGCCUCGAGUCCAAUGGUCACUUGCUUACGGACAGACUAUGGCAGAUUUGUCCAAUACUUUUCGCCAAUCACCCUGGUACUACGAAUCACCGAUUCUGGGAUGGUGUCACUGGUCUGACAGGCUGUCAGUUCUAUUGGACUGAAGUCAAGAGCUGGCGAAAGCGCUCAGCGCUAUCCUCGACCCUCGACCACACCUCGCGCUUACUGUCCCAUCCGCUGUCACUUAGAGUCAUUGGAGCACAGAAUCCACACGUGGUCCCGCCGGGAAACACCAUGAUAGCCGAGCCAAUUCUCAUGAAGCUCGAGUUUCCUCUCGCCACGGCAAGAGCCUAA